CUCUUGCCAUGCUCUGGGUUGUGGGCUCUAGUUGAACUGCGAUUGCUUUCUCCUUGUACUCUUGGUUGAGGAAUCCAAGUUUCGCUGUAUCAUCCACUCGUUCAUCAAGAUGCGGUUCUUAACCAUUGUUGGGGGACUGCUCGCCGCUCUGCCUGCCUUCACGUCGAGUCUUACUCUCUCGGAGACGACUGGGCAAGCGUUGAGUGCCUUCGGCAAGAGAUCAACGGUGUCGGAUAUCUUGACGGACAUUGAGGAUGCGACAACUUGUGUAGCUUGUAAUGUUCUGCUGGUAGUCUUGAAAGUUCUUGCUCAUACCGGCAAUGACAACUUUGUUGCCGUAAUCACCGAUAUCUGCAUUCUGGCUGGAAUUGAUGAUGCCGAUGUUUGCACCGGUGCCAUUGGACUCGAAGGUCCAAUCCUCGCCCACGACCUCAGAGUCAUGACAAUUGGCACCCGGACCUCUCAGCUUUUCUGCCUCACAGUCUUUGGACUCUGCCAGUGGCCAGACAUCGAAGCUUACACCGUUUCCAUGAGUGACAAACCAGCUACCACUCGUCCAGCUCCCAGUGGAAAAUCUCCAAUUCAAGUCGUUCAUAUUUCUGAUAUCCAUGUUGACUUGAGUUACGAGGUUGGUGCGAGUUAUGAUUGUACGAAGAACAUUUGCUGUAGACCGUACACAACUGCAGAUGUGCCGGGAAAUAACAGUUAUCCUGCUGGAAAAUAUGGGGAGCAUACCUGUGAUUCUCCGGUUACUCUUGAGGAGAGUUUGUAUUCUGCUAUUGAAUCUCUUGUUCCUGACAAUGCCUUUACAAUCUUCACCGGAGAUGUGGUAGAAGGAGCAGUAUGGCUUGUCACUGACACUGAAGUGACGAACGAUCUGAACGAUGCCUAUACGAGAAUGAAGCGCCUUGGUCAAGCUUACGCUGUUGUUGGUAAUCAUGACGCCAGUCCCGUCAACUCAUUCCCACCUGGGGCAGUAGACACAACCAUCACCACUCAAUGGGCAUAUGAUACAAUGUCGUCUGAUUGGUCUUCUUGGAUUGGAGCUACUGCUGCCGCUGAAGCAGAUUCAAACUAUGGCUCCUACUCUGUCUUGACCUCACAGGGUCUUCGAAUUAUCAGCGUCAAUACAAAUUUCUGGUACAAGCAAAAUUUCUGGCUCUAUGAGGAAACCAUGGAAAGGGAUCCUUCCGGUCAACUAGCUUGGCUUGUGACUGAGCUUGAAGCUGCUGAAGCGGCAGGAGAACGAGUCUGGCUUAUAGGACAUAUGCCUCUCGGUAAAAGUGAUGCGUUCCACGACCAAUCUGAAUACUUUGAUCAAAUCAUCCAACGAUUCGAUGCCACGAUCUCCGCCACCUUCUACGGUCACACACAUCAAGAUGAGUUCGAAAUCGCUUACUCAACGCCAGCAGCCCCUACCUCAGAGACCGCAGUGAUGGUAUCAUACAUCGCGCCCGCUCUGACGCCAACUUCCGGAAACCCUACGUUCAGAGUCUACAGCGUGGAUCCAGUGACAUUUGCAAUCCUAGAUUACACAGUCUACUACGCCAACAUCUCCUCUCCCACAUACCAAUCCGGUCCAGUCUGGGAGAAGCUUUACAGCGUAAAAGAGGCCUAUGGCUCUCUGUUGACUCCUCCUUACACGGACGCCACGGCGGAACUCACUCCUGCAUUUUGGCACAACGUGACUGUUCUGUUUGAGAACGACGACGAUGUAUUCCAAACAUGGUAUGCAAGACGCGGUAGAGAUUACAGCGCUGCAACAUGCACAGGGACUUGCAAGACGACGUAUCUCUGUGAAUUGAGGGCGAGUCAGAGCCAAUACAACUGCGGCACCGUCUCACCAGGAAUCAACUUCAAGCGCGAUACCUCGAACCCAAGUAGCACCGAGAGCACCCACAGUGACUGCGAAGGUUCAGCAAUCCUCCCUAUUCUUGGGGCUUUUACUGCGAGUGGUAUUACGGGGCUCACGGAUGCGUUGGUAAAGAAGAUGGGGAGUGACUGGUUGGAUACUGUGAUUCCGGCGAACUAUACGGCUGUUGGGUGGAAUGUUACGAGUUAGUGAGGUUUUGAGAAAGUGCAAAGAGGAUGAUCGGAUAAUUUCAAUGUUUAAUGAAUUUACUUUGUCAUGAGAGAUGGGGUUGGCGGUGAGGAUUGAAUUUGAUGGUAAGUCAUAAUUUCUUCGAUUUCUUUUCAAUAUGUGAGUCUUUUGAGACUUGGUUCAAAUGCUAGAGAUUA